AUGUCCUGUAUGAUCCAUGAAUUUUAAGGUCACGAUGAAAUUGGUGGUAAACAUUCUGUUCGUGAUAAACAGGAGGACCUCCAAAUAAGGGUUUUCUGCUAUUACUCGAGAUGAUGGACAUUGUUUGCACGGAAGAUUUAUUAGAAGUAAUAGCACGUUAGUAAUGUGUGAAGCUAUCAAGGAGAAUGGGCGGUUCGUAUCGCUUGUUCCGCCUCCAUAGCUUGCCGAAUGAAUGGAGACACGCAUCUGAUCACGGUCUUCCGUUUGCCUUCUACAGGGGUUUAUGAUUGGUGCCUAUGAGGAAGACACUCCCUCUGCUUGGCUAUUGUUAAGUUACAGGUUCUGUGUGAGACGGCCAACCUCAGACCACCAUUCACCAGCCAGCCCAACCACUGACACGCAUUUUAUCCUUCCACUUCGGUGUCUGCGAGGAGACCUAUAGGUGAGCAUUCACUAACACCGUCCUCAUCCACCCGGGCUGCGCCACCUACAGCCACCCCCCCAACCCCACCUCCAUUCACAGCCCGCGGCAUCAUGGGGGACGUAGUCCAGAUGCACUUCACCACGCCGGACUAUGUGAUCUUUGCCCUGCUGCUGGUGGCGUCCACGUGCAUCGGCCUGUUCUACGCCCUGUCCGGCGGGCGCCAGCGCACCACGCAAGAGUUCCUAUUGGCCGACCGUUCUAUGAGCUGCCUGCCUGUGUCGCUCUCGCUCCUCGCCACCUUCCAGUCGGCCGUGGCCAUCCUGGGAGCGCCCUCGGAGAUCUACACCUACGGAACGCAGUACUGGUUCCUGGGAGUGUCCUACUUCCUGGGUCUGCUUAUCCCCGCCCACGUCUUCAUACCUGUCUUCUACAGGCUCCGCCUCACCAGUGCUUAUGAGUAUUUGGAGCUGCGCUUCAAUAAGACGGUUCGCAUCAUGGGGACCGUGACCUUCAUCUUUCAGAUGGUGAUCUAUAUGGGAGUGGUCCUCUAUGCCCCAGCACUUGCACUCAAUGCAGUGACUGGAUUUGACCUCUGGGGGGCAGUGCUGGCCAUGGGACUGGUGUGCACCCUGUACACGACAAUAGGAGGGCUGAAGGCAGUCAUCUGGACAGACGUGUUCCAGACAAUUGUGAUGUUUGCUGGCCAGCUAGCCGUCAUCAUAGUGGGGGCCCACCAGGCAGGAGGCAUGGGAGAGGUGUGGAGGAAGGCCAUCAACGGCAGCCGCAUCGCUAGUCUGGACCUGAACCCUGACCCGACGGAGAGGCACACAUUCUGGACACUGGGGGUGGGAGGGGUGUUCCUCAUGCUGGCGCUGUACGGGGUCAACCAGGCCCAGGUUCAGAGGUACCUCAGCUCCCGUACUGAGAGGGAGGCCGUCAUGUCAUGCUAUGUGGUGUUUCCCUGCCAGCAGGUGGUGUUGUGUCUGGGUUGUCUGAUGGGCCUGGUGAUGUUUGCUCGCUACGGUGAGGAUAGCCCACUGGAUAAGGGCUACGUCAAAACCAACGACCAGAUGGUGUUGUACUUUGUGAUGGAUGUGUUCAGGGACCUGCCUGGCCUACCAGGUCUGUUUGUAGCCUGCCUGUUCAGCGGAGCUCUCAGUACCAUCUCAUCAGCGUUUAACUCCCUAGCGACGGUAACCAUGGAGGACCUCAUCAAGCCUUACUGCCCGGCCAUGACAGAGGCCAAAGCCACACUGCUCUCCAAAGGCCUGGCAUUUGCCUACGGGCUGGUGUGUCUGGCCAUGGCCUACAUCGCCUCUCACAUGGGCUCAGUGCUGCAGGCAGCAUUAAGUAUCUUUGGGAUGGUGGGUGGUCCUCUCCUCGGUGUCUUCUGUCUGGGAAUGUUCUUCCCCUGGGCUAACUCCACAGGUGCGAUAGUAGGAUUGGUGGCAGGCCUGGUUAUGGCUUUCUGGAUUGGCAUUGGUAAUUUUGUGUCCCGUAUGGCGGUGCCCACCCUUCUGCCCCCCAUCAUCAACGGCACCGCUAUGCCCCUUCCCGGCAACAUGACCACUGCUGUCAUGACCACCCUGAUUACCUCGAUCACCGCCAAACCAAAGCCUACGGGUGUGCAGGCCCUGUACAAUCUAUCCUAUUUGUGGUACAGUGCCCAUAACUCUACCACUGUGGUGAUAGUGGGACUGAUAGUCAGCCUGUUGACUGGUCCUAUGAAGGAGAAGGACCUGAUCCCAGGGACGGUGUACCCUGUCCUGGGGAACCUGCUCUUCUUCCUGCCUGAAUGCUACAGGGAGAUGCUCUGCUGUGUCACCCCACUGCCACACAAGCCCAAAGCUAUCGAUAUGCAGCCUUACCAGAUGGCUCAGAAGGAGAGCAAUGGAGUGGCCCACCACAAAGAGGAGGAGAAGACUGAGGAGACGGAGAGAGAGAAGGAUGAGGACGAGGAGAGAGCAACCCCUCAGCCUUCCUGCCGACUGGCUCACACGUUGCAGGAGACGGCCUUGUAG